AUGAGCUUCGAAGACCUUGAAGAGGCACGAGCCGAGCGUGCUGAGAAGGAGAAAGAGAAGGAGAAGGCGUCAGCUGCCAAGGGUUCCAAAAAACGGGGGCGUAAGCCUAAGAGUUUUGCUGAAGUACCGGUAGAAGAGAUGACAGAAGGAGCAGGUACGAAUCUGCAAAGAGAAGACGAAGAGGCUAACGCUACAGUGCGAGCUAACAGCAUGCUUAGGCUACGUCAGCCAGAGACAGAAUCGUUAUGGAGGGCACCUAUGUAUUGCAAAAAUGUGUUGAUUCAUUAA